AUGAACGGUAUGCUAAUGGAAUCCAAUGGAACAGACGUAAAAAAAUCAACUCGAAGGAGGAAGCCCAAGACUAACUCCACACCUUCUAACGAUGCCCCUGCAGACAGCUUCAAUCCCGAACCUCCUGUGACUUCCUCUGCCUAUCCUCCAUCAAUCGCCCCAACCACCCUCGAACGCUCCCUUGCCUCAAUUUCCCACGUUAAUGGGGGUCCCGAUAUUCCUUCGUUUACCAUUCCUGCGUCAUCGUCCCUCAAGCAAAAGAAGAAGCCGAAGAGAAAGAAGAAGUCUGCCAAUUCUGCCGCCGCAGACGGAGACACGGAUGAGGAUGAGAAUCCCUGGAUGCCCGUCAGCUCGAAGAAAACGAAGUUAACAAAAUCCCAGAACAACAAGGAGGCUGUCGAACCAACAGCAGCGCCUAUCGCUCCCGGAACCACCGAUGUGUCUGAAAAGAAGAAGCGGAAAAGGAGAUCAGAAUGUGUCAAGACCACUUUAGCCCUAAUGACUGGCGAUAUUCUCGGAAUGUCUGACUGUCUGCUUUUCAAUGCAACAUUCGCGCCCGCAGAUGGAGUAAAUUCAUCCACUGUUUAG